GCUUGCGCGACCGAAAGCGCACGAACCCGCUUUAGCUUUUAUAAUCGUCAGUAUCGUGUUGAUAGUGUCGAAAAGAACGCGGUGCCGGGUGUUCCGCUUAUCUACCCGGUCUCUAUUACCUUUAGUGUAGUCGUAGUUCAGCAGAAUUUACCGAUUCAGUGCUAUGGAUCCCCAAAAUCAAGAUAUCGUGGCUGUAAGCAGUCCCGCCGAAGUCCCAAACGAUCCAGGGAAAAUGUUCAUUGGAGGGUUAAGUUGGCAGACAAGUCCAGAGAGUCUACGAGAAUACUUUAGCAAGUUCGGCGACAUAACCGAAGUUAUGGUUAUGAAAGAUCCAGCCACAAGAAGAUCAAGCGUCACGGCAGGCACUAAUGGGGUUAUCUACUCGAUGGACUUGGGAGUUUCAGUUAGCACCCCCAGGGGCUUCGGUUUCAUCACUUUCACCGACCCAUCAAGCGUUGAUAAAGUACUGGCACAAGGCACACAUGAACUCGAUGGAAAGAAGAUUGAUCCAAAAGUAGCAUUUCCGAGACGAGCACACCCUAAGGUAAGAAUUGAAAACCAAAUAAAUAAAAUGGUUACCAGGACGAAAAAAAUAUUCGUAGGCGGACUAUCUGCACCUACCACAUUAGAAGACGUGAAAACAUACUUCGAACAAUUUGGACCGAUUGAAGAUGCAAUGCUAAUGUUUGACAAACAAACAAAUAGGCAUAGAGGUUUUGGAUUUGUCACAUUUCAAAGUGAAGAUGUCGUAGAUAAAGUUUGUGAAAUUCAUUUUCACGAGAUCAAUAACAAAAUGGUGGAAUGCAAGAAAGCACAACCAAAAGAAGUAAUGCUUCCCGCUAACUUGGCCAAAACCCGUGCGGCCGGCCGGGGAGCCUACGAUUUUAUGUGGUCGCUGGGAGCCCUUCCUGACGGUUUUCCCGCUGCGGCAUAUGCCGCCUAUGCGGCCGGUCGAGGUUACUCGGGCUACCCUAGUUUCGGACUGCCAUAUCCAGCAGUGGAUCUAACCAAUGGACAGCUCACUCCGAAUAAUAACACUCCACUGUUGACUCAGGCCUUGUCAGUGAUGAACAAUUACCAAGCAGCGGCCGCUGCACAAGCGCAAGCGCAAGGAUAUGGACCACCAGCGUCCCCGCACACAACCGGCGCUAGAGCAGGGUUCCCAGCAGCUAAUUCUCCAGGACCCACCAUUGAUAUGUACAACAGCAGUGCUGAUAGCGUCGGUUAUGUUCAAGCCGCCAGUCCCCAGCCUAGCAGCUUUCCGGCAAUCGCCGUCAGCAGAGCACCGCUUAAUUACAGUCCGGGUCCUCUUAUCCCGGCUGCAUUCACCAAUGGCUACCAUUGAGUCGAAGUACUAUCUAGUGUUGUGUGACCCAAAAAUCGGCAGCUACGUGAUGGCAUCACAACUGCACUUGUACAUUCACUUUAUGUAUAAUAAUCUAAUUAUGUAGCACCCCCGCCAGGCGAGGCCCACUUGUUGUUGUAAUGUUUGGUGUACGCGUACCGCUUCGUCGCUAAUCGGUAGCUGACGAGACCUCCGCCAAUUUGUCAACAUUUGUAUACACUGAAUCCAAGUUAGAGUUAUACUUUUAAUGCAUUUUAAUCGUAUCCCAAAAAAAAUAAA